AAUUGCGGUUGGCAAAAUGCUUCGCUCGAAAUCUCAAACUAACAUCUGGGAACACGAAGCGAAAUUUGUGCAAGAUCGUAUAUCAAACGUGGAAAAACAUUUUGCCGAAUUAUGCACAGCGUUUGCAGCGUACACAAGGAAAGCCGCAAGAUUACGCGACAAAGGAGACGAAAUCGCAAAAGUAGUACAAACUUAUUCACAAUCGGAAACUGUAAAUCGAUCGCUAACGGCAGGAUUGUCGAAUCUCUCCGCAACUUUAUCAGUAAUAGGCGAUUAUAGGGAUGCAGAGGUGCAGCGAUUCGACGCGAAAAUAAUUGCACCCCUUUCUCAAUACGCGACCAUCUGCAAACAUGCACGCGACGAUGUUAAAAAUACAUUCACAGCUCGCGAUAAAGAGUUGACAAGAAAAAGACACCUGGACAGACUUAGAGAACGAAACCCUAGAAACAGACAAAUGAUCUCGCAAGCCGAAUCUGAACUAAUGAAAGCUUCCAUCGAAGUUUCAAGGGUCGUAAAAGGUUUAGAAGAACAGAUCGAUUCGUUUGAAAAGCGAAAGCUACACGACCUAAAAACUAUACUGUUAGACUUUGUAGUUAUCCAAAUAAGUUUUCACGCGAAAUCUCUCGAAUUGCUGACGAAAGCUUAUCAAGAUAUUGCCGAAAUCGACGAGACAAAAGAUUUAGAGGACUUUCAAGUGAUAAGAGGAAACAUGAAUGGGGAAUUUCGUGAAGUGAUGCGGGUACCUGAUUCCGUUGCCAGAUUGCCUACCGUCGGGCGAACGUCAUUCAGACAAGCAUAUUCUCUCACUAAUCUAGCCAGCCGUUUUACAUCUUCCCCCUUGAUUCCACAGAAAUUAAUUAAUCAUACCACCGAUUCUAUCGAUUCGGCAAAGUCGAGCUUAAAAACGAAUUCUUCCGAAUCUGUACAAAUUGAAGAAUACGGAGAGAGCUCAGAAGAAACAGAAUCUGAAUCUAUUAAAGGAAAACCUGUGAGAACCAGGCACAAGUCUAUGUAGUUAUGGAUAAUCUACUUCCUCUUAAUGU